AUGCGAAAAUUAGAAUGGGACGACAUGGGGGUGAAGAUUGAUGGUCGGCAGCUACACCCUUUGCACUUUGCUGAUGACAUCGUACUGAUAACACCUAGCAUCAGCCAAGCGGAACGAAUGCUGACCGAAUUCGACGAAACACGUGGAUGCAUCGGUCUUCAGCUGAAUCUACAAAAGACGAUGUUCAUGCGGAACAUAUGGGUCUCGGAUGCUCCAUUAACGCUCAACGGAACGAACAUAUCCGAAUGCGCCAGCUACGUUUAUCUAGGUCGGGAAUUGAACAUGAUGACCUCACCUCUUCAACACCACCGUACUUCCUGCUUUGACCUAUGCUGGGGAAACCUAGGCAUUUCGCAAGCAGGAAGAAAACGCAGUGAACGUCAUUGA